AUGUUUGAGGAGAGUCAGGAGGGGCUUGCUCAAAGGCAGGCGCCUGUGGGACUGUGUGGAAUCAAGACCAAGGACCAAGCUCCUGGAGCCCCCGCGGCUGACACCUGUCACUCGUGCCCUCCUCUGCCCAGCCUGGGCCUGGCUCUCCCCGCCGGCACGGCGUGUGGGAUCAGGAGGGCAGCCCUGGAUCCUCCGCGAGCCAGCCUCAGGACCGCCUGGCCGAUGGGGAGAGGGGAAGGGCUGUGCGAGUCAGCCGUGGAGCGGGUGGGCACUAACCAACUUCCGAGGGCGCGCGGGGAGGGGCGGCUAUACCGCUUGGCGCUGCGCAGCCGGCCAGAGCAGCCGCCUCGGACUCAGCCUCACUUACCGCGCCAGGCAAAGUCUGACCCAGAGCUGGAGAAGGUGCAGUGUGGACAACCUCCUCUCCCACCGAUGGUACUGAGAUAG